UUUAAAAUAAUAGAAACUAAGAGAUGGAUCGAAAUGAACAUUAGUAAUUAACGUAGAAGUACUUUCCUUCAGUGAAUUAUUUAGACAAAACACUGAGCCUAAUUCUGUAAAUGUUCAGUUUUAUGUUUGUGCCUGUAAUAAUAAGAACAUAACGUAGUAAAGUACAAUCUACAGAGUAAGUUGAAUAAUACUAGUGUAAAUAAUAAACAAGCACCUAGCUUCUCAAGUUCCUAAACCAGUUAACACAAUGGGUGACAAUUUUCAAAAUAAAACAAUGGCUCCGGUUAUGAUGGACUAUGAUUUUAAAGUAAAGACUCAAAACGAGCGGUCGAAAGUCGAGGAUCUGUUUGACUUCGAAGGUUGCAAGGUUGGCAGAGGGACUUAUGGGCACGUCUACAAGGCAAGGAGAAAAGACGGCUCGGAUACAAAGGACUACGCGUUGAAGCAAAUCGAAGGCACUGGAUUAUCGAUGUCGGCUUGUCGGGAGAUCGCGCUACUCCGGGAGCUGAAGCAUUCAAAUGUGAUAAACCUUAUAAGAGUUUUCUUGUCACAUACGGAUCGGAAGGUGUGGCUGCUGUUUGACUAUGCGGAGCAUGAUCUGUGGCACAUCAUCAAGUUCCACAGGGCUGCGAAGGCUAACAAAAAGUCUGUUAUGGUUCCUAAGGGCAUGGUCAAGAGUUUGCUGUAUCAGAUUUUGGAUGGGAUACAUUAUUUACAUUCCAACUGGGUUUUGCAUAGAGACUUGAAACCAGCAAACAUUCUAGUGAUGGGUGAAGGCCCUGAGCGAGGCAGGGUAAAGAUUGCUGACAUGGGCUUCGCCCGACUGUUCAAUGCACCAUUGAAGCCCCUUGCUGACUUGGAUCCAGUGGUGGUCACCUUCUGGUACAGGGCACCAGAACUCUUGCUAGGGGCAAGACAUUAUACUAAAGCUAUUGAUAUUUGGGCCAUAGGUUGCAUCUUUGCUGAGCUACUCACGUCCGAGCCGAUAUUCCACUGCAGACAGGAAGACAUAAAGACCAGCAACCCGUACCACCAUGACCAGCUGGACAGGAUAUUCAAUGUCAUGGGCUUUCCUCUGGAGAAGGACUGGGAGGACAUCAGGAAGAUGCCAGAGCAUGCUACUCUAGUCAAAGAUUUUAAAAGAUCUAAUUACCAAAACUGUUCACUAGGAAAAUAUAUGGAUAGACACAAGAUCAAGCCAGACAGCAAAGCAUUCAGUCUGUUGCAAAGGCUUCUGUUGAUGGACCCAAAUAGGAGAAUAACAUCGGAAAUGGCAAUGCAAGAUCCGUACUUUUCCGAAGAUCCAUUGCCUACUCAGGAUGUAUUUUCUGGAUGCCCCAUUCCCUAUCCAAAGAGGGAGUUCUUGACUGAUGACGACCAGGAUGACAAGAGUGAUUCAAAAGCGAGACAAAACCAACAACAGCAGCAACAAAAUAAUAAUCAGCAGAAUCAGGUGCAAGCCAAUAACCAUGACCAUGGAGCCAGCAACGCAAAACGAAUGAGAAUGCCAGGUCCGAACCAAGGCAACAACACGGGCGGCGGCGCGCCGCAGGACUUCCACCAGCAGCAGAUGAUGUUCGGGCAGCAGCAGCAAGGCAACCAGCAGCAGGGCAACUUCCAGCAACGCUUCUAGAAUAUUCCACCAGCGUUCUA